CAUAACCUCAAAUUCUGCUAAUGACUGCAUCCAAUUUAGUACAAAAACAAAUUCCCUUGGGGUAGUUUUAUCCAGAAGCGUCCUUUCGAUCUGCUGUUGGCUGUUCUCCAUUCCUGAUUAAAUUCAACUCAACAUCAAUAACGGGGUUAAAUUCAAAAUCAGGCAGAUAACGUUUGGGUUGAUUGGUGAUCGCCGGUUAUCUUUAAGGGUAAAGUAUACAAAUAAUAUCCGUGCAUGAUGUCAUAUCGUACUCGACGACCGCGUUCUCGAACCCCUCCUCGAAUGCAUGCCGCUGAAGUUGCCUCCAGCGUGCGGGGCUCCGGAGGUUUUCGAGGAGAUAUAGAUAAUCGUCGCGAGCAAAGAAGACCGCUCGAGCGUAACAACGACAUGAAAAAAAGCCAUUGGGAGCCGCGGGUUCAGCGUAGCCGAAGUCCGCGACCGAAGGGAACCGCACGUAGGAGCUCCAGUUCCGAUAGGAAGCACGUUCGUUUCUCUAGAUUCUCAGACGAGGGACAGGCGCACUUCGAGCAGCCAAAGGCACCCGCGGUAAUUGAAAAGCCGACAGCCUUCCCUCCGGAAAUGACUCGCUCUUGGCAGCAGCCUCCUGUGAAGUUCUCGCCGCCGCCGAGAUUUCCUCCGAGCGAUUUUAACACCGAACAUUUUAGAGGAGCGGAGAAAGGUUUCACGUCGGCCCCGAAACAGUCGUGGGGUAAGGACGUUAUGGUUGUCAUGGAUGAUCACGAUGAGGAGGACUUUGGCUUGCCGGUUAAUUCGACGAAAGGGGUUGUAGGGCAAAGUGUUGCGAGUGCAAGAUCUAUGAGUCAGUCAGGUAAGACUGCUACAGUGGGGCUUCCGUCGCCAGUACAGGUCGCAGCGUCGUUUGACGAUGCGAAGGACGGUGUUCAAGGACCGACGAUACCCGAAUUCAAUCCGGAAAACUCCAACCUGAGCUCUCAGGAGUGGAUUAAGCUAAUCGAAACCAAAGCGAACGAACGCGAUUGGAAGCCAGAUGAAAAGUUGUACGUUCUCUCAUCGCGCCUCGCCGGUUACGCGAGGCAGUGGUACUUAAACACGGGAAUCAAGUGCAAAAAUUGGAACGAGUUAAAAACGGCGUUUUUCAUCGCGUUUCCUUCUGAAAAUGACUAUUACAUGCUACUGAAGAAAAUGUUCCUUAGGGUUAAAGAGGAGAGGGAAUCUAUAACCUCGUACUUCCAUCACAAGGUCGCGUUGCUGAACGCGUGCGAUAUUUACAGUCGUAAGGCCGUUUCGUGCAUUGUCGGAGGGCUGCCGAAUACCAAGAUGAAGGAUGACGCCAAACUGCAGAAUUUCGACGACCCAGAUUUGCUGUACCAAUAUUUGAGGACGUACUUGGAACCGGUUGUGAAUCACGAGGAACCGAAAAUUGACAUGAAAAACUCGAAGCCGAAUUCUAAGAAGCCCGGCACCACUAGUACGUGCCCUUUGUGCAAGAAAAGGGGACACACCGCGUCCGAAUGCGACCUCAACACCAAGUUCGACCGUUUGGAACGGGAGGCCCGCAGAUUUUCCGAGUUGGCGUCGAAGGGGCUCGUUACGAACAACAACGUGAUGCACGGCAGUUUGUCGCAAACUCCCACCUUCAGCAAGUAUUUUACCGACGUCGCCAUUAACGGUAUUCCGUUAAGAGGUUAUGUGGACACAUCAAGUUUGGCGUCAACAAUCCGCGAAGAGAACGCCUCCUAUUUGAAGUUGCAGGUCUUCAAAUUGAAAUCGAGUGUGCUCGGAUUUUCUGGACAGCCGGUCUCCACUACUGGAAUCAUCGAAGUACCGAUAUGCAUCGAUCGAGCCAUCGCCAACAUCAAGCUUCACGUCGUUCCCAACUAUGUUCAAGUAAUACCGAUCGUCAUCGGGCAGAAUUUUCUUGGGCAGUCGCAUGUUGUCUUAAUGGAGGAAGGCGACAAGAUUAGAUUUUAUCAAGAUGACGGUGGGCGCAGUCGUUUUGACUUCUAAUAGACGACCGCUACCCUGUUUAGGAAGAGUGAAGAGGCGGUGUGUUAGCAUAAUUUUUUUACUUCUUUCUAUGAAGACCGUUUUAUUUGACCAAAACUAUUCAAUUCAUCUGACAGUUAAUCUAUUGUAAUAUUACUUAUAUGUAAAAUACUAAGUCGUGUAUUCCUGUGUAGAAAAUAUAAUCUCUACAUAAAGAAA